AUGGAUACGAUACAAGAAAAUACUCUUCGACGAAACCAGGUCAGGUUUGUUGACGACCUUGAUCCAAAAGAUGUCCUUGAUGCCUUGGUCGAUGACGGAAUUCUAACAGAAAAUGAUUACGAACAUGUGAACACGGGAAAAUCCCGGAAAGAGCGAUGUAGGGUUCUUCUAGCUAUGCUCCCGACGCGAGGCCCAAUGGCAUAUGGGUCAUUCCAGCGGGCGUUAGAGAAGAGCACUUACCCUCAUUUAGUAGAAUUGUUACAUUUAGAUAUGUCAUUUGACGUCGAUAAAUAUGACUUGACUGGGGAUAGUUGUGUAGACAAAGAUACGCUACUACUGAAACAAAUCAGUGCGUGUUCAAAAUGUGAAUCGUUAUUUCCGAGUGAAUUUUCAGAUCCAGAACUUUCAACAUUACUGAAGAGAAACUGUUGUUUACUGUUAAGCAAUGUAGAGCCAUGCGAUAUUUUGGACUGGCAUUACCAGGAAUUUGUGCUAGAUAGGGACGAAUGUGACAGAAUUAGGUCAGAAAAAACGCGAAAGGAAAGAUUUGUUGCAUUUCUUGAAGAAAUAUCAAAAUGCAAAAGUGGUAAUGUUUCGACGGUAUUUAAGAUGUCACUACAGAUGAAAUACGGAUUUAUCAUAGAACAAAUGGACAGUAUUUCAGAAGCAUCACUGAAUGACGUCGAUAGCACGAUGGCAACAACUUACAACAAUUCAGUUUACGAUUCAUCCGUACAUGAGGUUACAAAUAGUGCUAAAAGAAACCGAGAUGAUUGCUUACCUUACUCUAAUGAAGAGACAACAUUGUAUAAAACUGACGGUUCAGGUGAAGAUGUCACUACCAUGUCGUGUUCUACUGAUGUAUCAUUUGAUCUUGAACAUUUAUCAAUAUCACAGGCGGACAGUUCUUCCUUAGCGAAACCUCAAAUAAAACAUUUGUCAAAAUCUAAUCUUCAAAGAAACAAACGACGAACAAUCCAACAACAACAUUCCACCGAUUCCGAGGAGGACGUAUACUGUGAAGAAGUGUAUCAAAAACAACGACGAUCAAGUAAAAGACAAGGAUGGGGUGUUAGGCAAAAUACACAUGGAAGUUCUAGAGCAGCAAAGGAAUACACGUUAUCUAUAAGUCCGGGAUCCUUACAUCCAGCUUCACUUCCUAACAAACAUCUAGAAGUAGCUUUUAAUCUGCUCAGCACUAUGAUCAACCAAGGACAGUAUGACAAGUUUGAGCAAUUUUCCAUUGGAAUAAAACAUAAAUACCAUCAUAAUGCAGACAUGAUGUGUAUAUUGGGAUAUUUACAUGCAAGCAAAGACUUGUUCAAUACAAAAUUCGACUCGGCCAAGAGGCAUAUCACGUCUGCAAUGGAUCUAGUUCCGAAAACAAGUAAUCCGAAAUAUUUCACUCUUGAAUUAUUCACGGCACUAACACGCAUGUACAUUACACAGAAAAAAAUCCAGAAACUUCAGAGAACACUCGAUGAUGCUAAAAUGAUCAUUGAAGCAGAUCCGGUGGGGUGUACUGGGCGCGCGGCAGGUUGGUUGUACAUGAACGACGCUAGAAACAAGACAGCUGUGAUAGGCAUGCUCAAUGUGCAUAGUUCUAACUUUAUUAAUUCAUAUAGAAACCUUCAUGCACAGGCAAAACGAAGUUUUCAGUUGUCUCUAGUCAAUUUCGAAAGAGACGGUGGAAAAGAUGGACCUUUUGGCUUUGGAUACGCUCUGUGUAGACUGACGAUUUUACUUCUUCAGUGUGGGGAUAGCGGUUUGACGAUGGAUGUUCUCCAUCCAGAUUCUGACGAUAUAGAACUGGCAGGAGGUUACCUCCGUAAAUUAGAGGACUCUAACAUUCCCAUACCAAAAAUUCUAGAGGUGCAUUAUCUGCUAGCCAAAUGUGAUUACCAGUACCGCCGAGGUAAUACUGUACGGGCUCUGGAGUAUGCUGAGGCGUCUCACCGGCUCGCUACAGAAAUAAACAUGCUGGAGUUUACCGAACAUGCCCACAACAGAGUUGUCUUCCUGAAAAUGAAGACGCCUAUAGUUUUCGAAACGUUGGAUGAGGAGGAAGCGUCGCGAAUUUUGUUUGAUGAGACGACGAACAGCAGUCAUGGAGAGUAG